CCAGUCAGUUGACGAGGCAAAACACGGCAGUAGACCUGAAAGACAGGCGAUAUGGACUAUCAACGGGUUGACAGGGUGGGCCUGCUGUCUCCCCUGGAGGAGUCCAGCGCUGAGAUAAGCAGGGACAGCGGCAUCGUCUCUCAGAGCGCGAGCAGUCUGUCCAUGGUGAGCGAAAUCCUCAGCAGCGGCACCGUGUCGCAGAGCCCCAGCUUUGGCGCAGCAGCUAACGUUAACAUCUCCCAGAGCCCGAGCCUCAACGAAGCAGCAGAGCCCGGAACACCCGACCAGCACCACCCGGAGCAGGACGAAGACCUGACACACACCGCCCUCAGCUACUCCUCCUACAUCAGGGCGACAGCUGGAGAAGAGAUCCUGUGCUUGGACAAGAGCUUGGAAGAAAUGCUGACAAGAGUAGAUGAGUUUGUUGGAAUGCUGGAUAUGAUCCGUAAUGAUACCUCCCAGAUCGUGAAUGAAAACCUACCUCAAAUCCAGCAGAAGUCUGAUGAAAUGAGACAAAUAUACAGAAGAAUUGACAAGUUAGAGGCCUUUGUUAAGAUGGUGGGAGCCAAUGUCAGUGCGAUGGAGGAGCAGGUCACACAGGCAGAGGGAGAACUAGGAACACUACCGGGUGCUUUCAAGAAGAUCCUCCGCACGAUGACUGUCCCAGGCUUCUUAAAUAAACCGGCCAGCCCAAGAAGACCAGCACCACAUCAGCGUCAAGAGGUCCCCAGCGUUUUCCGGACAGACGAUUAUUUCACAUCACAGCCAGAGCAGUGACACGCUAGAACUUUUAACACAUCACUCGGUUCUAACCUCAGAGGCCUGUUGGGUGAAACUGUAGAGACUACUUUUACUGCCAUCCAUUGCAAGAGGAUCUAUUGGUGCAGUGGCCUCACCAAAGCAAUAGUAGCCUUUCUGAACAAGUCACUGGAAGUCAAGCGCAGGAAAACAUUCUUCAUUUUUGAGUGUCAUUUUCCUGGCGGCAGCAACAAGCACUGAACUGUAGCAAACAUGAUUUUAAAAGUGCCUAAAUUGGUCGUAUCUCUGUCAGUCUUAUUUUCACUAUUUGUGAAGAAAACAGUGUCAGAUGUUGGAUAUGUGACACAUCAGGAGGACAAAGUCAUCUCACUCGCCAAUAGGAUGCUGUAAAGAAGGUACAAUAGGAGGAGCUGUAAAGAUCUGUAAAGGUGUAUUACGUGAAGAAUUGACCCAUCUUUUUUAUAGGUGACAUUCCUGUUACUGGUGUUUGUAAAGACCUGCACGCUGUUAUGAAUUAAUCUGUGUCUCCAAUGUCUCAUCACUCUCCCCGAGCAAUAUUGAUCUCGUCCAGUUAAGCAUUUAAUGUCUUCCAUUUCAAAAUAUUCACUUUAUUGCUAGCUUGACGUUACUGGCUACAAAUGACAGUUGCCUCGUUGAUAUGGGGCUAAAUCUUUGAUAGCACCUUUUCAAUAAAAGCACACUAUAGAUGAAAUGUUAGUCGAUUUUGAAAGUUUGUACCAGGGGUGGAGCUGUUUGUGAUGAUAACCAGAGGAGGCUUGGAUCUCGUCCUUGGGAGACAAGUGUACUUUAUAGAUGUAACUUGACCCUUACCCAUCAAACAAGGUUUAAUCGAUAAUGGUUACAGCUAUGAUUUAUUAUUUGAUUCACUAUUUGCCAAAACAGGAAUAAAAAUGUUUCAUUUACAGGUU